AUGCGCGGCGCACCUCGGGCCUCUCUCGCCCUCUUUGUACCAGCGCCCCGCUGGGACGGCACCGGCGCCCUAGCGUUCCACCGCGUUCACCGCCGACCGAUUCUUCCUCGACGACGGAGCAGCUUCCGAGCACCGUCCGCAACCACCGUCCCUGCGAGUGGCCCCUCAGGUGUCAUGGUAGUUAGCGUGUUCGAUGGGGACGAAGUCUCUGCGAGGCGCAGCGGAAGAUGA